AUGCCUCCAAAAGCGCAAAAGAAGGUCGACGACAAGGAGGAGAAGAUUCAAGCUCUUACAACUAGCGAUAUCCAGAUCCUCAAAACCUAUGGUCAAGGCGCAUACGCCGCAAAGCUGAAGAAGACCGAACAUGACAUCAAGGAAGUGCAGAAGCGGAUAGAUGAAAAGCUUGGCGUGAAGGAGUCCGACACAGGCCUUGCUCCGCCAAAUCUAUGGGAUCUUCCAGUUGACCGACAACGCAUGGGGGCUCAUCCAUUGCAGGUUGCACGGUGUACCAAAAUCAUUCCUGUUGAUCCCAAGAAAGCCGAAGCUGCACGCGCCGUCAACCCUGUCGGUGCCGCUCAAGGCCAGAAGGGGGCUGACGAGCAAGACAAAUAUGUCAUCAACAUCAAACAGAUAGCUAAAUUUGUUGUUGGUCUCGGUGAUCGAGUCGCACCGACAGAUAUCGAAGAGGGUAUGCGCGUAGGUGUGGACCGGAAUAAAUACCAAAUCCAGAUCCCACUGCCACCCAAGAUCGAUGCUUCGGUGACGAUGAUGCAGGUUGAGGAGAAGCCCGACGUAACGUACUCGGACGUUGGUGGAUGCAAAGAGCAAAUCGAGAAGCUGCGAGAAGUUGUCGAGACGCCGCUACUAUCACCCGAACGCUUCGUCAAGCUCGGUAUUGAUCCCCCAAAGGGGGUCCUUCUCUUUGGGCCACCGGGAACCGGCAAAACUCUCUGUGCACGCGCAGUCGCCAAUCGUACAGAUGCCACCUUCAUUCGCGUCAUUGGCUCCGAGCUUGUGCAAAAGUAUGUUGGCGAGGGUGCGCGAAUGGUGCGCGAGUUGUUUGAGAUGGCACGUUCAAAGAAGGCUUGUAUUAUUUUCUUUGACGAAGUCGACGCUAUCGGUGGGGCACGAUUUGAUGAUGGCGCUGGAGGUGACAAUGAGGUGCAGCGCACAAUGUUGGAGCUGAUUAACCAACUGGAUGGAUUCGACCCCCGAGGGAAUAUCAAAGUGCUCAUGGCCACAAAUCGACCAGAUACUCUUGACCCAGCAUUGUUGCGUCCCGGUCGACUUGAUCGACGGGUGGAAUUCUCGCUGCCUGAUAAUGAGGGCAGGGCUCACAUUCUCAAGAUUCAUGCCAGGAGUAUGAGCGUCGAACGCGACAUCCGAUUUGAUCUUAUUGCUCGAUUAUGUCCCAACACGACGGGUGCUGAGCUUCGAUCAGUUGCAACUGAGGCUGGCAUGUUUGCAAUUCGUGCCCGUCGGAAGGUCGCUACGGAGCGCGACUUCCUCGAUGCUGUAGAAAAGGUCGUGCGGCAAGGGACGAAGUUCUCGUCAACGGUUGCGCGUACCAUCCAACGGCGGCGGUACCAUGUUCGUCGUGCACCGUCGCCACUGUCUUCCGAAUCUGCUCGACUUCUCGACUCGUUCGCAGCACAUCCGCCACUUCCUCUAACGCUCUCAGCCCUCGUGUCCUUCGGGAACCCUUUAACACCUGCAUCCGUGCUGCGUUCAGUAACGUACGUACUCUCGGAGAUACCAAGACGUAUGGCCCGGCGCGUCCGCGCCCUCGAGGGAUUGCCAUUUAUUGUCGGUACUAAUCCAUAUGUUUCACGAACUCUCAACGGUCACAGAGACAGUUUUAAUGUUCUCGCUACUUUUCCCGAAGUGCGCACACUCGAGGACAAUAAACAUUUUGUUGAUGAACUAGAUAUACUCGUUCAGAGACAUAGAAACGAUAUACCAACCAUGGCCAAGGGAUUCCAGGAGUGCUCGCGGUACAUGUCUUCAACUCAAAUAUCCAACUUCCUCGAUGGUGCUAUCAGAUCUCGCAUCUCUGUACGCUUGAUUGCUGAACAACAUAUUGCGCUCUCACACGCACUUGCCACGGAUCCCGGCGCCGCCGAGGCUGGCGUGCUCGUGCACAAUGGUGUCAUUGAUCCAAAGUGCUCUCCCGCGGAGAUGGUCCGUAUGUGUGGUGCAUUCGUCAGCGAAUUAUGCGAGGCGACCCUCGGCGCAAGCCCCAACAUUACGAUCGACGGGUGUCCAGAAGCUACAUUCGCCUAUGUCCCUGUGCACCUUGAAUAUAUCCUCACCGAAAUGCUCAAGAACGCGUUCCGCGCUACCGUAGAGCACCACCACAAGCUUCACGGCCUUACUUCAUCCCAUCCCCUACCACCCGGUGGUGGCGUCUCAGCGUCCAACAUGGCUCGUAUAUUCUCAUACGCUUUCACUACUGCGGGGCAUGCGGACGACCAGAAGGGAGACGGUGGGCCGUAUGCCGCACAGCAUAUUGGUGGGAGCGCAGCCAUUGGGAGUGGCAGUGUAGGGGAAGGUGGGAACCUUUUCGGUGAGAUUACAGAGAAGGGUAUCCAGGUGGGCCUUGGAACAAUUGCAGGUUUAGGGUACGGGCUCCCUCUGAGUCGGUUAUAUGCAAAAUAUUUCGGUGGUUCAUUGGAUGUAUUUUCGCUUGACGGGUGGGGCAGCGAUGUCUUUAUUAAACUUAGGUGUCUACUAGACGACGCAGGUAACGCCGAGAUAUAG